AUGGGUAAUAAGCAAACGAUAUUUACUGAUGAACAGCUGGAUGCCUACCAGGAUUGCACGUUCUUCACUCGGAAAGAAAUCCUUCGGUUGCAUGGCCGAUACCAUGAAAUGGCACCAAACGUUGUUCCCAUGGACUAUACAAGGGACCCAGAUGUUAAACUACCUAUGCAGCUUAUAAUAAACAUGCCUGAGCUAAAGGAGAAUCCCUUCAAGGAAAGGAUUGUGUUAUCUUUCUCGGAAGAUGGAGAGGGGAGCUUGAGCUUCAAUGAUUUUGUGGAUAUGUUCUCUGUGCUCAGUGAAAUGGCUCCCAGAGAGCUUAAAGCAAUCUAUGCCUUUAAGAUCUAUGAUUUUAACACAGAUAACUUCAUUUGUAAAUCAGACUUGGAACAAACCCUCAAUAAGCUGACCCGAGAAGAGCUAACAGAAGAAGAAAUCACUCUGGUUUGUGAGAAAGUGAUAGAAGAAGCUGACAUGGAUGGUGAUGGCAAACUAGGAUUUGCAGAUUUCGAAAACAUGAUUUCCAAAGCACCAGACUUUCUCAGUACUUUCCACAUAAGAAUCUGA